UUUUUCAAAAAGAUAAACACUGAAUUAUACAGUGUUACUUGCACUUUAUGUUUUGAACCCUUAACCUCACCUCCCAACAGAACAAAACCAGAUUUUACUUGGAUUCCUUACACUGUGGUUAUGGCUGCAGUCAGGCUUUAUUUUUAAGUUAAAAGAAUAUUUUUUUUUCACCCGUUGAACAUUAAAACUUAUCCCACGAGAGGUCCCUGUACCAAUCAUGACUUACUUGGUGUCAGGUACAGCAUUGUAAACAAAACAGUUCUCCAUUCCCACCCACUCAGCUGCCUGUUGGUUACAUGCAAGUUCUUUAUUAACUUCCUCUGCUUCAGUUUUUAAAGAUACGAACAAUAAAGUUAUAAUCUUUUAGUCCCCAGGGUGAUCAUAUUAUCAAAAUGAGGGAAAGGAAUUUUGGAGGGAAGGGGCACCUGGUAAAGAGAUUAAUAGGAUAAUCCCACAAAGUAGGGUAUUUAAUUACCCCGUCUGAGGCAUUAUAAAAAGGAGUCAAAAGGAAAUGGUGCAAACGCGUGACCGUGAGCAGAGAGCUGGGACUGUAGAGUAUCACAGAGCUUACCAUCUCUGCACAGAUGUUAGAGAACAAACACUAUGACACAGCAUACAUUGACGAUAUCAAAAUCCUAAGAUUAAAAACGACUGGUUUCUCCUGUUGUUGGGGUUCUAGGGAGGCAGAGUAAUAACUUGAGUUUAUGUUUCAUAUACUCAGUAAGAGUCAUAUGUUAUUUCCUUGAUUUAUAUAGCCCCUUUCCCUUGUUUAGCUUUUACAUUAGAGAAAGAGAAUGAAGACUCAAACCCUUUUUGGUUGGCUUUUAUUUUAAUUGAAGUGAAUCAAGAUCUGAAGUCUAGGUUGCCACUUACUGGAUGGUGGUGAUCAGUUUUCCUAAUGUGGUACAGGGGCCUCUUGUAUACAAGUCAUUGGAGUUGUGUGCAAAUGGGGCACCUUACUGGGAUGCUAACCCUCAACUUGCUGAAUCAGAAAUCUGGGAACUCGGGAACUACAGGGUGAGGCCCAGGAAUGUGCAUUUUUUAAGAAGCCUUGUGGGAUGGCCCGCACUAUGGAACCACUGGCAAAGAAGAUCUUUAAAGGAGUUUUAGUAGUUGAACUUGUGGGCGUUUUUGGAGCAUAUUUUUUGUUUAAUAAGAUGAACACAAGUCAAGAUUUCAGGCAAACAAUGAGCAAAAAAUUCCCCUUCAUCUUGGAAGUUUAUUACAAAUCCAUUGAACAGUCUGGAAUGUAUGGAGUCAGAGAGCAAGAUCAAGAAAAAUGGCUGAAUAGCAAAAAUUAAGACCAGUCAUCACGUUCAGCCUCCCAUCUAAGCUGUUUGAGACCUUUGUGGGGAAGAAGAAAGAUGAACACACCAUGUUGUAGACUCCUGGCCCCACAGAACAAAACAAGAACUUCUGGUCUGCUAUGGCUUACUCAUUUCCCAUCCACUAUGCAAAUCCCCUGCUCUUGUUUGUUGCUUUCCUUCUGCAUUUAUUGUUAAAGAUUACUGUUUAACAAAUAAAAGACUAGGUCAACAAAGGAA